GGUGUCACCGAGGUUGACAAAAUGCACUACCUCACAACCAGUGUUCACGGAAAUGCUUCCCAUUACCAAUGAGGCGUUCAACUCGGCCUGGACAGCUUUGCAGAAUAGAUAUGAGAACAAGCGGCUUCUCAUUUCUGCCCAGUUGAACCGACUUUUUACGCUUCCAAGAAUGGCGUCCAGGACCUCGAAGGAACUAAACACUGUCAUCAACAGAGUGACUGAGGUGCUCAAUUCACUUAAGGCGCUAGGAUCGCCAGUUCAACAUUGGGAUCAGCUGCUAAUACAUUUCAUAACUCAUCGACUUGACCUGCAAACUCGUGAAGACUGGGAGCUCACACUGGGAUCUUCAACAGAGUAUCCAGCAUUAGAACGACUCACUAAUUUUCUAAUGUGCCGCGCACGCGCACUAGAAACCAUGGAAGGUAGGCUAAUUCAGAAAGACAAAGAGAAGACUCGGCCUGAAAGAAUCAAUACUGGGAAACCACAAACUUCCAAAGCAUCUCAUGUGCAUGUGACGCGAUCAUCUCAUUCGAACUCUGCUCAGUUCGUCAAGUCUAAGCCAACGUCUAAUUCAUCAGCGAAUUAUCAGACGAGCUGCAAUUUUACUCAGCCAGAUGUUCUCAACCAAACGUCGAAACCCGAGGUCAAAUCAAUGCUAUCGUUUAAAUCAAACUACUGUUCUUGUUGCGGAGGAAAUCAUUUUGUAGUAUGUCCAAAUUGUCCAAUUGUCCAUGUCCAAAUUUACAGAUGUUAGACGCAGAUCAACGGUUUCAUCUUGCAACAUCUCGCACUCUCUGCAUUAACUGUCUCGGUAUGCAUCAACUGGAAGAUUGCCGUAGUACAAGGCGCUGUAAGAUUUGUCGCGUUGCAGAUCAUUCAAUGCUGAACCGUUUCUUCAGCAAGCCGUCUCAUCAGAGCAGUCAACCCGACUUAGCUAAUCCAACAAGGUCCAGCCACCCAGAAAAGGCAACACAAAAUUGACCUUGGUGUAGUUCUCAUCAAUCAAUUCAAACUGACAGCUCAAAUCUCCAAGAUUUAGCGUCGUCAUCUCACAUCUCAGCAUCUUUCAACUCAGUGCGAAAGUCUCAUCAACACCUCAAAUCAGAAGUCAUAUCUCGUCCAACGGUUUUGCUGGCAACUGCUCAAGCUCUCAUCUUAACAUCGUCACGGAAUUCUCACCCAGUAAGACU